AAGCAAUUUGCCUCCUCCGCAUAAUUUAAUGAUCUCACAUUUGAGGAGCUACGCAUAAGAGAUCAAACACCAACCAUUUCUUGCACUAAUUAUGGCCAGUGCAAGGGCUUUGAGAUUGAUAGUUUUCGGCUUGGUGGUUGUGGCUACAGUGAAACUGCUCUACUCCCCCAGGAGAGAAUCCGGACAAAGAAGACAUUCAGCUGACAUGGAGAUGAGGGACUUCUGGGCUAAGAGUGAUGGUCAUUAUAAGCUUGUUGACAAAGACAAAGUUGUGCCAUCUCCAGGUGUAAAAAACUCUCAUCCUCAAGAAUCUCUUCCUUUAGAACCUCUUCAUGAAAUAGUAAAAGAAAACAAGCAGGUCAUACAAGUAUCAGUAGAUACAAGCCAAACCCCACUCUAUAUUGUACACUUGGAUCUGAAAGGCGCGGCACCCAAAGUCAAAUAUCUGAAACAGAUUUUCCCUUUACUAUCAUCUCUUGGAGCAAAAGGAAUUUUACUGGAGUAUGAGGAUAUGUUUCCUUAUGAAGGGGAGUUAGAGAUUCUCAGAUCACCUUAUGCAUACAGUGUGGAAGACAUCGAGGAAAUUAAGUCCCAGGCAAAACUCAACAACCUUGAGUUGAUUCCAUUAAUACAGGUGUUUGGACACUUGGAGUUUGUCCUGAAGCAUGAGAAGUUCUUCCACAUAAGAGAGGUGGCAAGCUUUCCCAACAGUCUAAAUCCUCUGGUGCCUGGCAGCAUGGAGCUAGUGAGAAACAUGUUAAGGCAGGUCCUGAAGAGACACCCAGAGGCCCGGUGGUUCCACAUCGGAGCUGAUGAGGUCCAUGGCCUUGGGGAAAGCCAAGAUUCUAAAAACUGGUUGCAUAGUAAUAAGGGAGAUAUUGCAAAGCUGUUCUUCAGUCAUGUCACCUCAGUGGCACGCUUCAUGGCUGAAACAAGACCUGGAAUAAAAAUUCUACUCUGGGAGGACAUGCUCAGGAAAAUGAGCCCUGACGCUAUCAGAGAGUCACAAUUGCCAAAUUACGCAUUUCCCAUGAUAUGGAACCAUUUGCCAAAUAUGAACAUAGACUUUAUUGGUCAGUUAAUUUCUAAAUAUGAAAAAGCAGGCUUUAAGGGUGUUUGGUUUGCCAGUGCUUUUAAAGGAGCCUCAAAGAUUGACCAAAUAUGGACACCAUUGGACCAUCACUUACAAAACCACUUAUCAUGGCUUAAAAUCAUGGCCCUGAUGCCCAAAUACCCCUCCAUAUCCUUUCAGGGCAUUGCUCUGACUGGUUGGCAAAGAUAUGAGCACCAUACAGUGCUUUGUGAACUGUUUCCAGUUGCAAUUCCCUCUCUUGCGAUAUGCCUGCAGACCCUGAAAUAUGGUUCAUUUAACACUGAGGCACGGAACCAGGUCCACCAGAUCUUGGGCUGCAACAUUGUGAUGGAGAAAAACAUUUGUGAGGGAAAUGGGGCAUUUGCUGGGUCGGAGCUUUAUCACAUGGUAUACAAGAUUUACAAAAACCUCCACGACUCCACUGCGAAAAUGCUACAACACUAUCACCUUAGAGGAUCAUUUAGUCGCUACCAUAGAAAAUACAACUUUGCCAAUCCACGAAAUAUUGCAUUUUUCAUGGAGCCACUGAAGAAGUUGCUGGAUGAAUGGGAGAUCUUUGUACAAUCUCUCCAUAAAACAAUGGAGGACAUUUAUUACCCAGAUACUAUUGAGGAGUGGAUGGAUGAGUUUGUAAACCAGGAUUUAGCCUUGCUGCAGGAGCUGAUGAAAGACGCACAACGCAUCGUAAAACUCAAUGGCCAGCCUAAGGUGUUGAAAAUCUUAUAGGACCACACCCUUCAGAGAGGACACAGAGGCUAAUGCAAAAUUUGCCCCUUUGCAAAAACAACCGAAGUGACUUUUAGGGCUGUUGGAAACACCGCUAAAAGAAGUGGUCUUACGUGAAGGAAGAAGAAUGUCAAGCUUUGAGUGGCAGAGUGAAAUGUUUUUUAUGCAACUUGGGAAAAUCACAAAUCAUACACAGUAGUUAUCCAAAUUGUUAGGUUUUGUAUUAGGGUGAAAUGUUAAUUUAAUGCAAACCAUUGCCCUUCGGAGAGGAGGAAAAAAACAUCAAUUUCUGC